AUGUAUACAUAUAUAUAUGUAUGUUUAAUUAUAGAAGAAACAGAGCCAUCUCAAAUAAAAGAUAUUGAUCCAAAACGACCACAACAACGUCAAGCACUUGGUAGUGAUCUUAUUGAUCCUUAUUAUGCAUUCAAUCCUGAUUAUAUGGGUGGUAAUAUGCCUAAUAUUCCACUUUAUCAAAAUAAUCUCGAUAUAAUUGGACCAAGUUCUUGUAGAUGUUCAUGUAGUUAUAUGUCAUUUGGACCACCAAUAACAUGUAUUAAUGCUCAAACAUGUAUUGCUUAUUGUUUACAAAUGUAUCCAGGACAAUGUACACUUAUAAAUACAUAUGGUUGUUGUGGUUCAUCAUGUCAAUAUUUUCAAAGUCAAUCACUUGAUAAUCGUUAUUGUUUAUGUAAUUGUGCUGGUCAACAAUAUUUUAAUCCAGUUGAUACAUGUAUGUCAUCACAAGCAUGUUUAACAAGAUGUUUAUCAAAUUUUCCUCAAAUUUGUAUACCAAUAGCAACACAAGCAUGUUGUGGACAAGAUUGUAGAUCAUAUUCUCAAACAGUUGCUAAUGCAUGUGCUUGUCGUUGUCAAGGAAAUACAUAUUAUCCAUCACCAAAAUGUAGUAAUCCAGAAGAAUGUGUUAGUACAUGUAUGACGACUUAUGGUGAUUGUACUUAUAGUGAUACUCAAGGUUGUUGUGGUGCAGCAUGUUCAUCAUAUAUACCAACAUGUGCAUGUAAUUGUGGUCCAGAAUUUAGAACAAUAACUUCUGUUCCAUGUCAAAAUAGUCUAUUAUGUGCUGAUACAUGUAUUAAUUCUUAUAGUGCAUGUACACAAGAUAAUACUCAAUCAUGUUGUGGAAAUGAUUGUAUUAAUGUAUUUCCAUCAUGUACUUGUAUGUGUGGUACAAAUGUAUUUACAACAUUACCUAUGUCAUGUGGUUCAGCUCAACAAUGUGUUCAAGCAUGUUUAGAAUUAGUUGGUCAAUGUAAUAUAGCUAAUACUCGUGGUUGUUGUGGAAGUGAUUGUCAAGGUUUUAUUCCAACAUGUCAAUGUCAAUGUGGUUCAAGAAUUUAUUAUACAACAUCAAUUUGUGCUAAUGCUGAACAAUGUACAAAUACAUGUAUUAGUCAAUAUGGUUAUGUUUGUUCUCCAACAAAUACAAUUGGAUGUUGUAAUGGAACUUAUUGUACAAAACGAAAUCGUUUUUUAGGUGUUAGUAAAUCUUAUAAAUUUCAAAUAUCAUAUGCUACUAUUUUAUUCUCAAUGAGUUAUUUUGUAUUUUCUAUUUAA